AUGGUAAUAGGAGAGAGCUUCGGUAAAGUUGUGAGGGGAUACAUUAAUCCCAAGACGUUAUCUCCGGCCAAGGAAGGUGCCGUUAAGAGAUUUUACUUAGCCAAUGAACAAGCUUUGCAAGAGUGGCUUUACUAUCAUCCAAGCUUGGUUAAGCUCAUUGGCUAUGGUAUGUUGUUCGUCGUUUCUGAAUACUUUCCAAACGGAAGCUUAGAGGGUUACAUCUAUAGAGAGACUCGUCCAAGGCCAUUGUCGCGGCUUAAGAUAUCCACAGGAGCAGCUCACUGUCUUGCCUUCUUGCACUCUAGGAAGAAAGCCCGUCUCUACCGUAGAUAUCUCACUGCUUCUAAAAUCCUGCUCCAUAUCGGGAAGUCUCACAUGCCGGGAGAUGUAUAUAGCUUCGGUGUUAUAUUGCUCAAGAUCUUAACUGGCUUUGGAAAGCAGCGCAUAAUCGUAGCAAUACGAGCUUUACCAAAUGACAAGGAAAACAUUAAAGAUAUGAUCGAUCCAGAUUUAGAGAAUAGCUAUCCUCUCGAACAAGGGAUGCGUAUGUGCGAGGUUAUAAAACAAUGCCUUGACGAAGAUCCAAAGAAACGACCAUCCAUGCAACAAGUGCUAGAUGAUUUGAAUGCAAUAGCUCAGAUUUGA